AAAGCAGAGCCCUGUUCUGCUCGUUACAUCACACAAGCACGUGAACACACAUUGCCCAGAAACACCCGAUCCUUCUGCUUCUCUCUUCCGCCGAGUAGUCCUCUCAAAAACUUCGAGGUCCUCUCCCUCUUCACUCGUUCCGUCGAGAAAUUAUCUCGCUCCCUCUUUUCCAAGCCGCGCGAGGCAUGGCAUCAGAGCGACUGGAAUCCGACGGACGAGACGCUCGGCAAGCUGGACCGCAAGGCCAUGCUCUUCCCCGCGGACGACGCGCUGCUCACCUCCGACUCCGCCGGCGCGGGCGUGAGCAUGAUGCUGAACCCGAACGCGGACCUGGAGGACGCCAAAGGGUACUGGAACUGGCUGCGCGCCAACAUGGUGGACGGGCUCUACUCGGAGCAGGAGAUGAGCGACGCGCGUGAGCUCAAGGACGUCAAUGGCCGCAAGAUGAGCAAGAGUGAGGACGCCGCCGCCGCCGCGUCGGCGAAUCUGAGGGGGGGAGGAAGAUGCGGUUCGGGAAGGCCAACGCGCAGAUUAACGACCCUGAGAUUUUCAAAGGGACGUUUCUGAUCGUUCAUGGUGUGGACGCUCUGCAGUCGCCGUACUGACCCGCCUGCCGGAUCAAAGCGUUUGUGCGAAAAGAAGCUCGUCUGGCUGAUCAGCUUCGUAGGCCCUACGACUAUUGGAGAAAAUCUCGCGAAUCCCGUUCCGCAGCGAAAAUUGGAAUAUAAUCGGACGCGCGAG